AUGGUGGGAGAUUCGGUUACUCUACACACUGAUAUUAAUGAAAUACAGAAGAACUACGAACAGAUACUCUGGAGGUUUGGACCUAAAGAUGCUCGCAUUGCUGAAAUCUAUCAAAAGCCACCCCCAAAGUAUGAUGAUAUUAAGAGUUUCAGAGGCAGACUAAAGAUGGACAAUCAGACUGGAUCUCUGACCAUCACAAACGCCAGAAUCACACAUACUGGAGAUUAUAAAGUAACCAUCAUCCAUAGUAAAGGGACCUCAUACAAGACAUUCAGAGUCUCUGUCUAUGAUCGUCCCCCCAUUCCUGUCAUCACCAGAGACCCAUCACAAUGCUCAUCAUCAGCAUCAUCAAGCUCAAAUUGUUCUUUGUUGUGUUCAUCAGUGAAUAUGAUAGAUGUGAGUCUGUCCUGGUACAAAGGAAACAGUUUAUUAUCCAGCAUCAGUGUGUCUGAUCUCAACAUCAGACUCUCUCUACCUCUGGAGGUGGAAUAUCAGGAUAACAACACAUACAGCUGUGUACUCAACAAUCCCAAAUUUAAAAACCAAACUCAAUAUCUCAACAUCAAAGAUGUCUGUCAGUGUUCAGACCCUCUCCAGUGCUGUGGUUUUACCGAUGCUGUCACUCGAUUGGUCAUCUCUGCCCUGGUGGGUGUGGCUACUGUUGCAAUACUAGUGGAUCACUUCAGAUCCAUCAGAAGAGAUGAAGAGAAGAUGCAGACAUCACCGUCAUUCACUUAAUGAUGUAAAAUCUGUUCUUACUCAAGGCUUAAAGGAAUGGUUCACCCAAAAAUGCUGCCAAUAUUUUGUCAUCAUAAUGUAGUUACAAACCUGUACGAGUUUAUUUAAUCUGUGAAAAAAAGAAAAUAUUUUGAUAAAUGAAGGUGAGUACACAGUUAACGGUAUCCAUUGACUUCCAUAGUAUUUGUAUUUCCUAUGGUUUCCGUCAACUGUGUGGCUUCAUUUAGGGUGAAGCUGCCUUCAUAGUUCUGCGUAGGACUUACGACGUAGCCUCUCUAUAGCGUCAGUUUUCAUUCAUACUUCCUGCAUCGUUGUUUGCAUCUAGGUGCAAUUACUCAUGCAGAUCGCUAGUGUAUAUUUAUAUAUAUAUAUGUUUCACACUUACUGCACUUUUUCCAGUACUUUUUAUAUGGGUGUUUAGUGCAGAGAUCAGCUCAUUUGCAUUUUAAAGGACACACCCAAAACGGCACAUUUUUGCACACACCUACAAAGAGACAAUUUUAUCAUGUUAUAAUAAAUUAUCUAUAUAUUUUGAGCUAAAACUUCACAUAUGUUCUCUGGGAGCACCGAAGAUUUAUUUGACAUCUUAAAAAAGUCUUGUGAAAUGUGUGCCCCUGUUUUCUGCUUCAGUACAAAUAU